AUGUUUUUCAUACUAUUAUUGUGUUUCAUAGUUUGUUUAGUGUUCGUGAGUGGUCACUCACGAAAACGUGCUCAUCGCUGGGAAAAAUUAAGUGAAUUCCCUGGUGACACGCCUAUACCGAUACUAGGAAAUGGUUUGCAUCUAGGAUUUGAUGCGGACAAGUCCGCAAAUAAAUUGUUGGCGAUGUGGGAAAGACAUGGUAAGCAGAACAUUCGUUUGUCUCUUGGCUCUGAAGAUUGGAUCUUGCUAACAGACCCUGAUGAUAUUGCGACAAUUCUAAAUCAUCCAACGGAAAUUUCGAAGCCAUUGGAUAGAAAUAUGGCAAUGAAACCUUUCUUUGGAAAAUCCGUGUCAACCUCGGAAGGGGAGCGAUGGAAAUCAACCCGUAAACUGAUGGCUUCAAGUUUCCACUUUAAUACCUUAGAAGGAAAAGUCGACGAUGUUAACAAAUACUGCGACCGUCUCUUUGAAAUAUUUGACACUUAUGAUGGAAAGGGCCACGUGGAAUUAUAUCGUUACGUUAGGCCUUUUAUGUAUGACAUUUUAUGCACGAGUCUUAUGGGAGUCGAAACUAAUUUAUUGGCAGAUUGUGAUCAUGCUUACUUAAAGGCCGGUGCAAAAGUUGUUAAAAUAAUAACCCACAAUUACUUUUCUUAUUGGAGGAAUAUUCGCUUGCUGUUUAUGAUGACACCACAAUACAAGGAAAUGAUGGACACUAUCAAUACAAUCAAACAGAAUAGUACAAAUAUCAUUUUAGAAAGAAGAAAAAUUUUAAAUAACAAAAUUGAAAAAGCUUUAAAUAACAACAAAAAUGUUGAUAUGGAUCUGGAAAAUAUAAUUGAAAGUAAGCUUAAUAAUGGUGGAUGUUUGUUGGACAAAUUUAUAUUCAGCAAAUCGCCAAAUGGAGAGCCAACGUCAGAUGAUGUCAUUAAUGAAGAAAUUACUCUACUCUGUUUUACAGGUCACUACACCACAACCGCAACAAUCAGUCACACACUGUAUUGUCUAGCAAAAUAUCCGGAAAUACAAAAUCGAGUGCUAGAAGAGCAGAAAUCUAUUUUCGACAAAAAAUUGCAUAAAAAACCCACGACUCAGGAACUCAAUCAAAUGAAGUAUCUAGAAGCUGUAAUCAAAGAGAGCAUUCGAAUUUUUCCGACAGUUACAAAAAUUGGAAGGCAAUUACAAAACGAUCUCACAUUUGAAGAUGGCCGAGUCGCCCCCGCCGGCAGUUCUGUCCUAGUUUUCUACGAUGCAGCAUUUAAGAAUCCAAAAGUAUUUCCAGAACCAGAAAAAUUCAAUCCGGAACGGUUCUUGGACUCAAUGCAUCCAUUUGCUUUUGUGCCUUUUAGUGCUGGACCUAGAAAUUGCAUAGGUUUCCGUUUUGCCUGGGUUGCAAUGAAGACGACUAUUUCCAAUAUAUUAAAAAGAUACGAAGUGAUGCUUGGGGAUGCCGGUAAAGAACCACAAUUUGUCAGCCGAAUAUUAACAGAAUCUAAAAAUGGCAUACGUCUUAAACUUAAAAAGAGAAAUUUGUAA